GUUUUUGUGUGACCAAUAUGAUACACUGGCAAAGGCCUUUGCCAUUUAUUGGCAGGAAUUGACUACCCAUCGGUGCACUACGUUAAACAUUGCAAAAAAUUCAAAUUACAGUUAAGAAGCCUAGCUGUUGGUUGGUCAACCAGAAACCAUUGCCAUUUAUUGGCAGGAAUUGACUACCCAUCCUCCACGAGCACUCCAUGAGACAAGUAGCUUUCAUUCUCUAUUUCCAUCUCUGUCUCAUUUCUUUAUACAAACUCAAUCUCCACUCUGACUUCACCUCCAUACUCUACAAUGGAAGAGCUGGAACUUCCCUGUGUCAAAAAUUCUGAGCAGAACACGCUUCCCAAAUCAGAUCCGUCAUCAGAUUCAAAUUCAACCACAAAUGAGAGUGUUUCAUUCACUGGACUAUUUGUUGCAGCAGACACACUGGACUGUGUUUUGAUGUUCUUUGGAAGCAUUGGGGCUUGCAUUCAUGGCGCUGCACUUCCUGUGUUCUUCGUUUUGUUUGGCCGCAUGAUUGAUUCUUUGGGGCAUCUUUCUUCAGACCCUCAUAGAUUAUCUUCAGAAGUCUCCAAGCAUGCUCUGUACUUGGUCUAUCUUGGACUUGCUGUGCUGGUAUCAGCAUGGAUGGGUGUUGCAUUUUGGAUGCAGACUGGGGAGAGACAAACUGCUCGUUUACGGUUGAAGUAUCUACAGUCAGUGUUAAAAAAGGACAUUAGUUUUUUUGAUACAGAAGCCAGGGACAAAAAUAUAAUUUUUCACAUAUCAAGUGAUGCAAUACUGGUGCAGGAUGCCAUUGGCGACAAGAUAGGCCAUGGUUUGCGUUAUCUUUCCCAAUUCUUUGUUGGGUUUGCCUUUGGAUUUACUUCAGUAUGGCAGCUUACACUUCUCACCUUGGCUGUCGUUCCAUUGAUAGCUGUUGCAGGAGGGACUUAUACUAUUAUCAUGUCUAACUUAUCAGAAAAAGGCGAGGCUGCUUAUGCUGAAGCCGGGAAAGUAGCAGAAGAGGUAAUUUCACAGGUUCGUACUGUAUAUUCAUUUGUGGGUGAGGAAAGAGCAAUUGAAACAUACUCCAAGUCACUUCAAAAUGCCCUUAAACUGGGGAAGAAGAGUGGGCUCGCAAAAGGACUCGGUGUUGGCUUUACCUAUGGCUUGUUGUUCUGUGCCUGGGCAUUACUUCUUUGGUAUGCCAGUAUACUUGUCAGGCAUAAAGACACUAAUGGUGGCAAAGCAUUCACAACAAUCAUCAAUGUCAUCUUCAGUGGAUUUGCUCUCGGUCAAGCUGCUCCAAGCCUGGCUGGCAUAGCGAAAGGCCGGGCUGCUGCUGCAAAUAUCAUAAGCAUGAUUGAAGGAGAUUCUAACUCUUCUAAAAGAUCAGAUGAUGGGAUAGUACUACCAAAGGUGCUUGGGCAUAUUGAAUUUUGUGAUGUUGGUUUUGCUUAUCCCUCUAGACCUAACAUGGUCUUCAAAGAUCUAAGCUUUUCAGUUGGUGCUGGAAAAAGGUUUGCAGUUGUUGGUCCUAGUGGUUCAGGAAAGAGCACCAUUAUUUCCAUGAUUCAACGAUUCUAUGAUCCUACUUCAGGUAAAAUAUUGUUGGACGGACAUGAUUUGAGGAGUCUUCAGUUAAAAUGGUUGAGAGAACAGAUGGGGUUGGUUAGUCAAGAACCGGCACUCUUUGCGACAAGUAUAGCUGGGAACAUUUUGUAUGGCAAAGAAGAUGCAGAUAUGGAUAAAAUCAUUGAAGCUGCCAAAGCUGCAAAUGCACAUUCUUUUGUUCAACACUUGCCAGAUGGUUAUGAUACUCAGGUGGGAGAGGGAGGAACUCAGCUCUCUGGAGGGCAGAAACAGAGAAUUGCCAUUGCAAGAGCAAUGUUGAGAGACCCAAAGAUAUUACUUCUAGAUGAGGCAACAAGUGCUCUUGAUGCAGAAUCAGAACUCAUUGUUCAGCAAGCACUCAAUAAAGUAAUGUCUGAUCGGACAACAAUGGUCGUUGCACACAGAUUAUCUACUAUCCGAGAUGUAGACACAAUCAUUGUCCUCAAGAUUGGGCAGGUUGUUGAAAGUGGGACUCACUCAGAGCUGAUAUCCAAAGGUGGGGAAUAUGCAACUCUAGUCAGCUUGCAAGUAACAGAACACACAAAAAGUCCAAACAAUGCCAGUGGAACUUCUGAGGUUUCUAACUCUCACGAAUACCCUAACACUCAAAUUCAUCACCAGGGGUUUAAGCAAAUCAACGUAAGAGAGCCACUACCAAAUGAUCAUAAUGUGGCCUCACCGAGCUCUGCUUCAACUCCAACAGUAUGGGAUUUAGUUAAAUUAAAUGCGCCAGAAUGGCCGUAUGCAAUGCUUGGGUCAGUGGGUGCAAUUCUGGCAGGCAUGGAGGCUCCUCUAUUUGCCUUUGGAAUUACUUACAUCUUGACGGCAUUCUAUUCCCCUGAUGUUGCUCAAAUCAAACACGAAGUCCGACAGGUUUCACUAAUUUUUUUAGGUGUAGCUAUCAUUACAAUUCCAAUAUACUUGUUACAACACUACUACUAUACUUUAAUGGGAGAGCGCCUCACUACCCGCAUUCGCCUAUUGAUGUUCUCAGCUAUUCUUUCCAAUGAGGUUGGUUGGUUUGAUUUGGAUGAGAAUAAUACUGGCUCGCUGAUAUCAAAGCUAGCAGCAGAUGCAACAUUAGUAAGAAGUGCACUUGCUGAUCGUCUAUCAACGAUUGUGCAGAACAUUGCUCUCACUGUCACUGCAUUUGGUAUUGCCUUUGUGUUAAGUUGGCGCUUAGCAGCUGUUGUUAUUGCCACCUUUCCGCUACUUAUUGGAUCCUCCAUAGCCGAGCAAUUUUUUCUUAAGGGAUUUGGAGGAGAUUAUACCCGUGCCUACUCACGAGCUACUGCAGUGGCACAUGAAGCGAUUGCCAAUAUCCGUACAGUUGCUGCAUUUGCUGCUGAAGAAAGGAUUUCAAUCCAGUUUGCUUCUGAACUAAACCAACCAAACAAGCAGGCACUUCUGCGCGGACACAUAUCAGGUUUUGGGUACGGUGUGUCACAGCUUUUCGCCUUCUGUUCUUAUGCUCUUGGCCUUUGGUAUGCAUCAGUUCUGAUCAAGCGCAAGGACUCAAACUUCGGAGACAUCAUCAAGGCCUUCAUGGUUUUGAUAAUCACGGCAAUGUCAGUGGCAGAGACCCUCGCUCUUGCCCCUGACAUUGUAAAGGGAUCGCAAGCACUCGGGUCAGUUUUUGAUAUUCUCAAGAGGAAAACAACAAUAGACCCCAAUGGUUCUAGAUCAAGGGUCGUGACUCAAAUCAAUGGAGACAUAGAAUUAAGGAAUGUGACUUUCAGGUACCCUACAAGGCCUGACAUAGCCAUUGUCAAGGACUUAAAUUUACAGAUUUUAGCAGGAAAGAGCCUGGCAAUAGUAGGACAAAGCGGGUCAGGGAAGAGCACUGUGAUUGCGCUGGUGAUGAGAUUUUAUGAUCCCACUUCAGGCACGGUCCUGAUCGAUGGAUUUGACAUUAAGGCCUUAAAUUUAAGAUCAUUGAGGAUGAAAAUAGGCCUAGUACAGCAAGAACCGGCAUUGUUUUCAACCACGAUUUACGACAACAUCAAGUAUGGAAAUGGAGAGGCAACGGAGAUUGAGAUAAUGAAGGCUGCAAAAGCAGCAAACGCGCACGGGUUCAUAAGUAGAAUGCACGAAGGAUACCAAACUAUGGUGGGUGAUAGAGGAGUGCAGUUGUCAGGGGGACAAAAACAGAGGAUUGCUAUUGCCAGAGCAAUAUUGAAAGACCCUUCAAUUCUUCUUUUGGAUGAAGCAACAAGUGCAUUGGACACAGCGUCGGAGAGACAGGUCCAAGAAGCGCUUGAUCGGCUUAUGGAAGGUCGAACGACGAUCUUGGUGGCUCACCGGUUGUCGACAAUUUGUGAUGCAGACUGUAUUGCUGUGCUGAAACAGGGGAAGGUGGUUGAAAGUGGAAGCCACGAGGAGCUCAUCAGCAGAGCAGAGAGUGUAUACACAAAGUUAGUUAGUCUGCAACAGGAAAAAAGCAAACAAGUUGUUGAUUAAUUGGUUUCGGGAACAACUGGAAGGUGCACAACCAAUCAGUCAAUAUAUAUAGAGUUGACGCAUAAGAAGAUACAUAUAUAUGUUGAAAUUUAUUGAUUAAGCAGAGGAUCUGAGUAUUGUUAAAUCACAUCUUAAUUAUAUGAUAAUCAUCUAAUUAUAUGUAGCAUCUUUCCUAAUUUGGUUUGGUUGAUGAGACAUUGCAUCUUUUUUCUUUUUAAUCCAGACUAUAAAACAGCGUAACUUUUUAUUUUUUA